UUCCGGUGGUUAGAGGCACUCGUCUAUAUUUUAUAAUGCCGAGACGACUCCUUCUUUGCUCACACCAAGCGUCUAUAUACACAUACUCAUCUGAAAAUGAUUUUAUAUACUGAAGUCUAAACCAUACUUUUAUCAAAUUGAACAUUUUAAAGGGCUCACAAAACGAGUUGGAAAAAUAUUUGAUUUGUAUAACAAUGAAAAAAAAGCUUUUAUGAAUUGUUUUUUCUAUCAUUAGCUACCUGGCCAUUAACAUCUAGGCUAAAAGUGCAAGCAUUUCGUUCAUAUGUUUUUAUUUGUACACUUAUGAAAUGCUUUCCUUUUUGUUUUGAUCAUUAAUGUGAAAUGCGUUAUACUUGAUAAUGCAUUUUUACGUUAACACAGUUUUGUAUUUGCCCUUAAACAUUCUUAAACGCUAAAACCUUGAACUAGUGAAAUAAUUCUCAAAUAAACUUACGCUACUAAAAACCUCCCAUUGUUCCUAAGUUUUUUAAUGACGUUCUUAAGGUACAUAAAGGAGAAAUGAUUUUGUCAUUCUUUCAAGACGUUGGUAAUGAUGUUAAACUAUGAUUAUCCGUGAUCGCAUGAAAUAUAUUUUAAAAUAAAUGUUUUUUUUUAACGCGUUAAGCACAAAACAUUAGCUUCCGAACUGAAAUAUGAAAACCUGCGAUCUUAUAUUUUUUCAACUGUCUGUUAUCACUAGUUUGCAGAUAUUUACGCCACAAAUGCUUUUUUCAAAACAAAAAAAAUAUGUGAGAGUGCAGCUUAAAGCGAGUUAGUAUUUGUAAGAUUGCAGCUAAAGUUUUUGUUCUAUACUGCAAUUGAAAUCGGUCCUGAAAUUAUUAUUGGCAUUUUUUAAUAACAAUAAAUCCUUUUCUUAUUUUACGCAUCGAACAAUUUUAGCAUGCUACAUAAAUGAUAUUGGGUUACCCAAACUAUAAUCAUUGUUCAUUGUAUACCUCAACACAGUUCAAAAUCAACUGAUCAAUUCACAAAGCCUGUCAAACGUGAUAUUGAUCUUUACCAAUCGAUAUAUCAUAAAUUUUAAGCCUAAGGUAGGAAUAAAGAUCUUAAACAUUAUUUGCGUCGCUGCCGUUUGAUGCGGACAGGAAAUAUUAUGGCAAACCAUUGGUGGAGCAACCUUGGACAACCAGAAGGGAUGGACAGUUUAAACAGGAUACUCAAGAUGCGGACAGAACAAGUCAAGAGAAUCAAAGAGGCAAAAUACAAGACAUGUCCGCAAUGUGGAGCUGAAUCAUGGAUUCAAAAAUUUUUAACUGAACGGUUUUCCCUGCUUCGAUCACCGCGCGUAUACAAGACAGAUCCAUGUAGUGCUUUACCAUGGAUGUAUCAUAAUACAUUUGGUUGUUAUUCCUUGUUCGGCGAGUGUGACGCAUUAAACUCAAACAGAGAGCUGAUAAAAGCCAUUAAAGAGUUAAAAGCUGAACGCCGAUCUUUGCCAUCAUCACUUCAAAGACUGGAAGCUGAACGGGAUUUAUGGUUCAACAAGUCUCGUGAAUUAAACAAAAAACGGCUUUCCUUAUUCGACGAAUCUCGAGAGUUGAACACAAAGCGACUUUUCUUGUUCGACGAGUCUCGAGAAUUGAACACAAAGCUUGAAGUUGCCGAAAGAAAACUGCAUGUAUUGAAGGGAGUGCGUGGACAUGUCGACGGAAGACUUGUUGCUUUGGAUAAAGAAAUUAGACGUACCCAAGAAAGCCCUGAUGACUUGGAUACAGUAAUCAGUGAGCUUCAAGUCAUGUUGAAGGAUCUCGACGAAAAAAAUCUGAAAUCUGAGUUACGCAACAGAAUAAAAUUGAUACGUCUGAUAAAACUCGUCAUCUGUCUGUUGUACGCGUUAUUGAAUAGAAGCGGACGACAACGCCAUGGCUCACAAUGUAAUUUGGGUACAGUACUGAUUCUCCUUUUUCGAUCUGGUGUUGAAGCAAAUCCUGGUCCUGGCCCUCCAAGAAAUUGGAAAGAUCUCCCAACAACUGUUAGACACUUGGGCAUCUUAUCAAGCCAGAUUGCCAACGGCUGGGAGUAUUACGCUGACCGUCUGGGACUCACAGAAGAUGACAGAGAUGUCAUUGUCGCUAAGUACCCACGAACACAGAUGCAGAUCUACCACAUGCUAAAGCUGGCGGCCCUUCUCCGACCAAACAUGACUAUGAGAACAAUGCUGAUAAUAUUGGAAGAGUGCACAGAAGAAUUCGACGAUAUGGUUGUCGCAUGGGAAAAGCUUGAAGAUUUCUUUGCUGAUGAAGAGGAAGAAAUCCUAAUUGCAGUUCAAGCAAAUGAAAGAGAUGGGGAAGGCGAAAAUGCCUCUUCAAGUCGGGGUCUCAAACGUAUCUCCAACUUUGAGUUAGGGGAAUCAUCUGUCAAAAUACAGCGAAAGUAGACGUAGAAAGUAAAUAUGCAACGGGCCUAUAUGUAGGCAGUGAAGAUGCAACGUGCAUAUAAGUAGGCAGGCAAAUUCUCAAACAAACGUUUAAAGGAGGCAGUGAAGUUUAGAACUAGGUUGCAUGGAUUCAACGAGAAUAUAAACUUUGUUUAAGAUAUGAUAAAACAAGUGAGCAUGUUCAUUAUAAACGUAUGAUAUUUUUUAUCAGAUAAUGAAAGGAAUAUGGUUGAAUCGAAAUGUGACAUAGUAACAUUAUUGUUUGUACAUAAGAUAAUGAAGGCAUAGAGUUGAUUCGAACUGUGAUAUAGUAACAUUUUUGUUUGUACAUAACCUAAAAUGUGAUAUAGUUACAUUAUUGUUUGUACAUAAGAUUACUAAGGCAUGGAGUUAAUUUAAAAUGUGUUAUAGUAACAUUAUUGUUUAUACAUAAGAUAAUGAAGGCAAAGAGUUGAUUCGAAAUGUGAUAUAGUAAUAUUUUUGUUUGUACAUAACAUAAUUAAGGCAUUGAGCUGAUUUGAAAUGUGAUAUAGUUACAUUGUGUAUAACGUGCCAAGUGAGUGAAAAACAAAUUCUCCAAAAUGGCGAUGGAUGAACAUUGCAAAACUAUACAAAUGGAGUGUAAGUAUAUGCCGUGGUUUUAAAUCACAAAAGUGUACAAAUAUCAUCUGAGUUGUUAUUUGAUUUCAAUUGAAAGUUAUACACGGAUUGUAAUAAUGUACAUAUUGCUUUGCAAAUAAACUAAUUUGUGUUCUUU